CAAUCACACAUGUCAGAAAUCUUGGGAUGCAAAGUGUUUGUCAGUUAAAUUUCUUACCGGUAAGUUCAUUGAGGAGUUCAGAGACAACCAAAAGAUGGACUUGGUGACCUUUGGUAACAAAGUUCAGAGAGAAUUCAAGGUCAGACCUCAUAAAGUCAAAUUAGGAAGGGCAAGGAGAGCUGCACUUGGUUUGAUACAUGGAGAUGAAGCAGCUCAGUAUCAACAGCUAUGGAAUUAUGGUAAAGAGCUGAGGAGGAGCAAUCCUGGCAGUACCUUCCUUGUUAGCACAACUCUUGUUAAGGAGAAUGAAAAUGAGGACCCAAAGGAUCAUUUGUCAUCGUUGUAUUGGUCAUAUGAUGCUUGCAAGAGAGGUUUCUUAAAUGGGUGUAGGCCCAUCAUUUUUAUCGAUGGAUGCCACUUGAAAAGUAGGUACAAAGGCCAGUUACUUACUGCUGUUGGCAUAGACCCAAACGACUGCAUUUAUCCCAUUGCAAUGGGAAUGGUUGAAGUAGAAUCAAAAUUCUCCUGGGAGUGGUUUCUCACUACAUUAAAGCAUGACUUGAACAUAGUGAACACCUCCCCAUUCACUAUAAUGAGUGACAAACAAAAGGGCUUAAUAAAUGCAGUUGGAAAGGUGUUUCCAGACUCAGAGCACAGAUUUUGUGUUAGACAUUUAUAUCAAAACUUUCAUAUGCAUUUCAAAGGAGAGACAUUGAGAAACCAUUUGUGGGCAAUUGCAAGAUCAACAAAUAUCACAAAGUGGAUGUUGAACAGAGAAGCAAUGAGAGAGGACUGCCCUAGUGUUGUUGCUUGGUUGGAGAAUAAACCUGAAAACCAAUGGGUGAAAGCAUUUUUCAGUGAUUUCCCCAAAUGUGACAUCCUAUUGAACAAUAUGUCAGAAGUGUACAAUAGCUACAUAUUGGAAGCAAGGGAGUUCCCUGUGAUUUCAAUGAUGGAAUGUAUAAAGGGUAAGAUUACUGCUAGACAUGAGAGCAAGCAGAGAGAGGCAAGAAACAAAUGGACUGGUAGGAUAUGCCCAAAGAUCAAGAAGAAAUUAGAGAAGGAGAUAGAACUGUCUGCAAGUUGUUUUCCUAGUCACUCUGGUUUGGGAGUAUAUUCUGUGAUAUCAAGAAACUUUACAUACCUUGUGGAUAUUCCAGCAAGGACAUGUGAUUGCAAAAGAUGACAACUUAGUGGCAUUCCUUGCAGCCACUCUAUUGCGUGCUUUAGGGAAGAGAGGAUAGAUCCAGAAGAAAUGGUUCACAAGUGCUACACAAUAGAGACAUACCUGCUAGCAUAUGGGCACAAUAUAAUGCCUAUGAGAGAUAGGGCUCACUGGGAGCAAGUUAAUGGAAUUGUCGUUCAUCCACCGAUUUACAAGAAAAAGAUGGGAAGGCCACCAAAGAA